CUACAAUUUGCAAAGUCGAAGCAAAACAGCGCGCAUUUUAAAUCUGUAAAUUUUAUAUUAACAAAAUAUGAAGUAGUUCUUUAAUAUUAUUUAUAAAUUUUACAUAAAACAAUACAAUGAGUGAUGAUAAUAUCAAUAGCGACAUGGAGGAUGAAUGGAAUGAUUUGGAUUUAGAAGAUCCAGAAUUACAACGCUUGCUUGAUGAGCCUAUAAAAGCCCGCGAUACUUCGAACCUGCGUACGAAUGAACAACAUGCCGGCUUUGAUGAUAAAGUUGGUGGAAAUUGGAUAUAUCCCACUAAUUUAGCACAUCGCACUUAUCAGUAUAGCAUUGUCCAGUCUGCACUAUAUAAAAAUUGUUUAGUGGUGUUGCCCACAGGUUUGGGUAAAACAUUUAUUGCAGCAGUGGUCAUGUACAAUAUCUACCGCUGGUAUCCAAUGGGUAAAGUUAUUUUUAUGGCACCAACACGCCCACUUGUGGCACAACAAAUCGAAGCGUGCAAACGUAUAAUGCCAUUCCCCAAGCAAGACACAGUCGAAUUGACGGGAAAAUUGCCAAAACCGCGACGUGCAGAAUUGUGGCGUACAAAACGUGUAUUCUUUGCCACGCCACAUGUUGUACAGUCUGAUAUAUUUACUGAAGGCAAUUCCAGUGAAUUUCCUUUCGAACAAAUUAAAUUAGUUGUGAUCGAUGAGGCACAUAAGGCUAAAGGACGCUAUGCAUAUACCGAAGUAGUCAGAGCGAUUUCGGAGAGAAAUCGUUAUUUUCGUGUGCUGGCAUUAUCAGCAACACCAGGACGCACUAUAGAUGAUGUAGCUGAAGUGGUGCGAAAUUUAUAUAUUUCUAAUUUGGAAGUACGUUGGGAAAAUUCCAUUGAUGUUAUGCCAUAUGUACAUCAGCGAAGCCUGAAAACUAUCGCAGUGCCGAUGAGUGAUGAAAUCAAACAAGUGCGUGAGGAACUUAUUGAGAUGAUUGAUCCUUUCGAAAGGCAAUUAAUCGAUGCGGGCGUAAUUAAUGGUUCAUGCACUAAUAUUAAUCGUUUUUUUUUAAUUAUGGCACAAAAAAAUUUUCAAAGUCGUUCACAACAUGAACGGCAUCCGCAACAGGCGGCUAUAUCGACUAAUUUCUCAAUAUGCAUUAGUUUAUAUCAUGCACUGGAAUUACUAGAACGACAUGGCUUACGUGUAUUUUUAAAUCAUUUCGAUUGUGAUGACGAGGGGCGCUCUAAGUUUGUCGUUUCAAUGGUACCACGUUUGCAAAAUUUAAUAGAACGACUACGUACGGAACUUGGGCCAAAUCCUUUUGAUGUUUCCACAAGUGCAAUGACAAAUGGCCAAAUAGCCGAAAUGCCAAAAAAUUUGGAUUUUGGACAUCCAAAGUUUGAACAUGCGCGUGAAGCUUUAUUGAAACAUUUUGAGGAGCAACCAGAUUCCCGUGCCAUAGUAUUCUGCGAAUACCGUGAAUCAGUGAUGUUGAUAUAUCGUUUAUUGCUACAGAACGUACCGUUACUGAAACCUCGCUGCUUUGUAGGUCAAGGUGGCACUGGUUCAAUACGCGCUCUAACACAAAAACAACAAAUACAGAUAAUGAACGAUUUUCGUUCAGGAAAAAGUAAUAUACUAAUAGCGACUUCAAUCGGGGAAGAAGGUAUUGAUGUGGGUGAAGUAGAAUUGAUUAUUUGUUUUGAUAUAUGUACUUCGAAUCCAACACGUUUUGUGCAGCGCAUAGGACGCACAGGUCGUAAAAAAAAUGGAAAAGUCUUAUUGUUAGUAACUGAAGGACGAGAGCAACAAGUCUUAAAGGAUGUAUUAGCGAACAGAGACACAACAAAUAAGAAACUACUUAACUCCACAAUAGUCAAAGGUGCAUUAUAUAAACAUGCACCAAGAUUAGUGCCUACAGAAAUAAAUCCACAAUGUCAAAAAACUUUUAUAGAACCGCUGAAGGAAGAUGAUUUGGACUUAAAAAGUAGUACAUCGAAAAAGAAACCUCAAGAAACAAAAUCAAAGAAAGGAAUAAGUAAAAAAGAAACAAAAAAAACAAUAGUAAAAGAAAAAAACAAAAAAAUACCAGAUAGUCAAGAUCUACGUAAUUUUUUUAGUAAAGCGGUUGAACCAAUAGAAGAAGAACCAAAACCAAGUCGAAAACCUGUAAAAGAAAGUCAACAACAACAACAACAACAACAAAAUUGUAUGCAGAAAACAUUAGACAAUUUAUAUAAAGAAAUAGAUGAUCUUGUAUCACGUAUAGAUUGUGAUGCCAUCCUUCAAGGACAGUUGCCAGAACAGAAAGAAAUAGAAAAUUUUUUUAAAAUAAUGGAAAGCGCCGAAGCGCUCAUACCGAAAUCAGAACGUCCAAAAGAUUUACUGACAAAUUUGAAGUCUACGAAAUAUAUGAAAGAAUCAAAAAUACUUGCGCUGCAGACUGAACCUGAAUUUGUUAAAAACGUUAUGGAUAAAAUAGAUAUUGUUAUGGCGUUGAAUCAAGAAGAUGGCAUGUCUAAAGAAGAAAAAGAUAUAAGAGAUUCAUAUGAUAUAUUAAUAUCCUUGUUUGAGAAUCGAGAAGGAAUACAAAAGUUUUUAGAAGAUAAUAUGGUGGAGAAAAGAGAAUCAGAAGAAGAGGAUGCAGAUAAAGAUGAAAACGAAAAUGAAAAUGACGAAAAUAUAUGUGAUUGUGAAAUGUUUAAAGAAGAGAAUGAAAAACUUAUGGCAGCAUUAAUAGAGGAACUUGAUCUACCGCCUGACUAUAAAACCAAUCGUGAGUUUUGGAAAAAGCAUGCUGAAGAAGCUAAAGAUUUUGAGAAAAUGUUAGAUGAAAAACUUGCAGCUUUACUACAAGUCACUUCGUUGGACGAAAUCAAAGAAGAAGAUGAUUUUGAUACAUUGACUGAUUCUAAAUAUUGUAGUCAAUGGGGUGAAAGUACGCAAGAACAGUCUAAACGGCCUGGAUCAAGUAUAAUUGAGAAAACUAAACAAAAAUCAGCUAUUGAUUCAGAGUUAGUAGAUAAAAUUUUAAAUAGUUUAACAGAAAAUGUUGAAGUUGAAAAAGACUCAGAUGAAGAUGUGAUUUAUGUGCCACCAGAUAAAAGUGUAUUCAAUUUGAGCGCAACUAGUAAUCAGUCGAACAAAAGUUUUACAAAACCCUCAUGUUCAAAAGAUUCAAAAAAAUUGUUCAAUUCCGGUACACCACUGUCGAAACAAAUGAACUUAGCACCACUUUUCAAUAAAGAGAGUACACCGAAAUUUCAGAAAUCCUUAGGUAAAACAAGCAAAUUGGGAAAUAAAUCUGUAGAUCCGUUCUCUGAGACGGCACAUUCAUUUGUUACUGUCAGUUCAUUGAUUGAGCAACAAAAUAGUGGUAGUGUGAAUCGAAAUUUUAAACUAUCUCCAAUAUUGGAAAAUAAAGUUUCUAGUAAAAAUAAUUCAUUGAAAGCAUCAACUCCGGUCCAUACCGCAAUGUCAACAAAAACCUCUAAAGUGUCACCAAUAUUUUGUGAUGAAAGUUCUUUGGUAGAUUUAAACAUACAUGAAAAAUCGAAAGAAACUUCAAAACCUGAUUCCCAACUUAUGUUAGACCUGAAAAAGGAAUGUGAAGCUUCUAAAAAAUCCUGUGACGAUUCGCAAAAAGUAGAAAAAUUAACCAGCGAAGGAGAUCAACUUGAUUUAACAAUUAAAAAUGAAUUACUAACCCAAAGGACUAAAGAAAACGCUACGGAUGAGAGACCUACAUAUGAUCUUGAUGUCGUUUGUUCAAAAUUAACAGAACUUUUUAAUACAAGUGCAUUAGAUAAUAAUAAGCCUUCUUCGUCUCAAAAGCAGGCUAGUAAAACUGAUACCACCACUCCUGAUGAAAAUUUAUUACAUUUCUCUGAUGGUUUUGAUUUAAUUUCAUUCCUAAAUGACACAAAACCACCGCAAGUACAACAAAUUAAUAAGGAAUUAUAUGCUUCAUCAUUACCGCCUACUAUAAAAUUUGAACUUUCACCGGAUUUAGACGAUAAAAUUACACCUAGAAAUGAUUUAAGGAUAAGUACAUCAAAGUCUAAACCACAUAUAAAAGACACAAAUACCAAAUUAUUACCAUCAGUUGAAAACAAAAGCUCACCACAAAAUAAGCCUUCGAUUUCACCAUAUGGUGAAAAAAGUUCUCUAAACACGACACAAGAGUGCAAAAUAGAGACAAAAGCUGAAGCAGAUUUAAAUAAAAAGUCAUUUUUUGAGGAUGUGUAUGUGGAUUUCAAUGAUUUUUUAGAACCAUUUCCUGAAGAAGUACUACAAUCUGAGAAUACUGUUCAAAUACCUACGUCACAAACGUCAAACUCUAGUUUAAAAGAGAAUGUGAAUGAGCAAAUAUUCAUACAAUCGCAUGAAAGAAAAAUUCUUUCCAGUGAUAAAACUUCAACUGUACAACAUACCUUAAAUAAGAUAUGUGAAAAUCAAAAAUCCAAUUUACCUAAUAAAAAAACUAUACUUGGUCAGCAAAUGUCAUCUCCAUUGCCAAAAACGCCUCCAAGGCAAAACAAAAUAAAUUCACCUUCAAUGGCUUCACCACAACAACAAAAAAUUUUAAAUACACACAAAGUAGAGAUAUCGCCCACAGUUUUUGAUAGAUAUAUGAGUAAUAGAUCAAAAAAAUCUUCACGUAAACCGAAUUUAGCCAAGUUGAGUACUACGGUUAGUACAGCUGCGCCUGUAGUCGGAAAUGAUGAAUCCGCAAUAAUCCCUCAGCGCAAAAGUUCAAAACGUAAAAUUUUUGAUUCAAGUGAAUCAGAUGAAGAUGAUAAGAUAUCCUUCAAUAAAAUAUCUGAUAAAGAUAUAGAAACUGAUUGUGAAGAAAUCGCUGCUACGCAACAGGUCCAUAGAAAGAAAAGAUUGCAAUAUCGUAGCAAACGUUUUAAACAUUGUUCCUUUAUUGAUAAUGAGGCAGCUGUUAGUGGUUCGGAUCAAAGCGAUGAUGUAGAGGAAGAUACACUUGGCCAAAUCGAAUCCUUUUUGGGAUCCAGUGAUGAAGAAGGUAGUCAUAUUGUUCCUGGCACUCAAAUGCAGGCUGUUUAUCUUCAAUCUGUAAAAAGUCCUGUUAUUAAUCGUGGUGGCUUCAAAUUGCCAGCUCAACGUGUUUUCAAUGAUGAAUCUCAUAUAUUCUCUCAAGCUGUACCCGAAGAACCUUCGCAUUAUGAAAAAGACUCAUUUGUGGUUGAUGAAGAAGAAGCUGACAAUAAUAAAGAUACCUCACUUUGUCCAUUAGAACGUGCUGAAAAAAUAUUAAAACAGCGUCGUCGGGACAGGCAUAAAUUUCCGCAAGUAGCUGAAGUUCAAAGACGCAGAAAAAAAAUUAUUGUCAUUGAUGAUAGUUCCGACGAUGAUUAGGCU